AACAGUGAUAUACAGUUGAGGAUCUUGCCAGCAGAGAGGUUGGCAGGUAUGCCUGUGGUAAGGAUACGGAGAGGAGUGGCGCGCUCUCAUAGAUUCGGCUAUAACCGGCUAAACGGUUGAACACCAAUCACAUACAUACAAGGAUAAGGAUCCGCCUAAUUAUGAAUACGGACAUGCUGGGUCGAAUUUUUUCUUAACAUAAAUACUGAAUUAAAUUUUUAUAAUUUUGGAUAGUGUUUACGCGUAGUUAGUUACAGUUCAGUGAAAUAUGAUCAAUCAAUUUUAAUUACUAAUUUAUAUUCUGCUCUAAAUACUAAUCAACAUAAUUUAUGUGAUGUCGGAAUAACAUAACUAUAAAAUUCACUUCAAAGUACUGUCAACUAUCAAAUCGUUUUGAACACUCCUAUACGACACAACAAUAAAUGGCUCUGAGUCGCGGGAGUUUGCAAUUAAUUUGCUUAAUUUCCUUCUGCUAUUUUAGCCUCCAAGCAAAGAAUACGACAUGGUUUAAUUCCAUUCAUAUCAAAGUCGAUUCGCUUGAAAUUGUGAACUAUAAUCAAAAAUAUUUGAAAAUUGUGAACAAAAUGCCGAAUACGAAUUUGUGUCAAAUUGAAGUGAUCAAAAGCAUUCCGACUCUUUACGUUCGGGUCCGUGCCUACGAUCCACAAAACAAUCGUAUAACCAUUAAAUUGGAUAAUGUGAAUAUCUGUCCGUACAUGUCGAACACAUUUCGAAGAAGGAAAAUAUCUGAUAAAAUCCAAAGACCCGGAUUAUAUGACGUUGCCACAAAUGCAUCCAAUCGGUAAAUACCAAUUUAUGGUACAAUACGCUGCAAUAACGAAAGGUGAUGGCGAUUUGAUGAAGUUAAUCUUUA